UGGUGCUCAGUUAGGAAAUAGUGUUUUAAAUCCUGGCCGGUCAUUUGGGUUGUAAUUAAAAAACUCUCCUCUCUCUUACAGAGCCCCACAACACAGCCAGUUCCGGCAGCUCCAAAUACUGACUUCCCGUGGCCCUGUUCCCACAGAAUGGGCCUGCUGUGGUCCCUGGUACUCUGUAUCUUGGCCCAGGCCGCUUGCUGGGGGGCUGAGUCUCCACCCCAGCAGGCUUUCAGCUCCUCACCUCUGCUUUCCCGGGGCUGCAAUGACUCAGAUGUGCUAGCAGUCACAGGCUUGGCCCUGCAGAUCAUCAACAGAGACCAAAAGGAUGGCUACGUGCUGGGGCCCAACCGAGUGCAUGAUGUCUGGGAACACAGACAGGAUAGCCAGGGAUCUCUCUUCUACCUCACACUGGAUGUGCUAGAGACCAGAUGCCACGUGCUCAGCAGGAAGGAGUGGAAGGACUGCGGGGAAAGGAUGCUUCAUGAAGCGGUUUAUGGUCAAUGCAAAGCAAUAUUUUACUAUGACAAGCCAAAAAGAAUUAUCUAUUUACCUGCUUAUAACUGUACUCUUCGCCCAGUUUCCAGAAGAAAGAUUUAUGAUAUGUGCCCUGACUGCCCGAGUCCUACCUCCACUGACUUGUCAGAUCCCCGGGUUUUGGAAGCCGCCACUGAAUCUCUUGCGGAAUACAACAGUAAAAGCACCUCGAAGCAGUAUUCUCUUGACAAAAUCACCAGGGCUUCUAGCCAGUGGGUGUUUGGCCCUGCUUACUUUGUGGAAUAUUUAAUCAAGGAGUCACCGUGUACCAAACCCCAGGCCAGCAGCUGCUCACUCCGGUCCUCUGACUCCAUGCCUGUUGGUCUUUGCCAAGGUUCUCUGACUCGAGCUCGCACAGAAAAGUUUGUCUUUGCAACUUGUGACUUCUUCAUGUCGCAGGUCCAGACCCCUGGAGGUGAAAACUCUGCUGUUAACCAAAGCUCUGGGAGUCUCUUCAGGGUGGAACAGCCCUUGCAGGAAAACACAACCUCUUCCAGCUUCCCCAUCAAAACUACACCAAUGAGAUCCAUCCAACACCUCCCUGACCUGAAUGAUGAGAAACUUCAAGGUCCCCGAGAAAAGGACCCUCAGGAGGCCUUCCCAGUGCAGCUGGAUCUAACUACCAAUGCCCAGGGAGACACCCUGCAUAUCCUGGGCUCCCAGCAAGAGAAGCUUGUUGUCCUGCCUUUCCCCAAAGAACAGCACUCUGCGAAGUGCCCAGGGCCUGCUCAGGUGACCAACCCUCUUGUCCUCCCUCCUUGAGAAUCACAGAGAACGUCCCAUGGGUGGUGUCCUGCAGAAGAUGAGAUGUGGUGUGGACAGGACAGAGGGACGUAGAGUCUAUUUGACUGUUCUCAGGCUUCAUGUGGACAUGAGGCUGCACCCCUCCAAAGUGCCUCUUCCCAUGCCUCAAUGUCUUCUGCUUCUCACUUUUAAAGAUCUUUAUCCUUUCAGAGUAUAUGUUUGCUCGGAUCUCAUAUUAAAGACAUUUCCCCUUUUUCAAGAUCUGUGAGAAACUGAGGGUCAGUAGAGUCGUCCUCUGGACCCCACCCACCCCUGCCUUUUUAUCUGCCUGUUGGACUCUGGGCCACGGGGAAGUGGAGAGUGCCUGUGGCCUGUGCCAGGCCCUGUGUGAACACCAGCCCAUGGGGUCCUCAGUGUUGCAGGCUACCUUGGGACAGACACAGGGGGAUCCAUCAUGACAUUUGAUCACACUCUUCUUUACCUCUGGUUAAAAAACAGGGCAGCCAGGUGUGGUGGCACAUGCUUGCAAUCCAAGUCCUCUAGGAGGCUGAGACAGGAGGAUCAAAAGUUGCAGCUGGUCAGCAUAGGGACUUAAGGAGACCUUGUAUCAAUUUUAAAAAUAGGAAAGAAGCUGAGAAUAUAGCUCAGUG